AUGAGUGGCAUCAUUCCCCAAUGUUUGGGCAGUUUUGCUGAUUCUCUGGAGUUAUUGAAUCUUCGAAAUAAUAAAUUACAUGGCCCCAUUCCUCAAACGUACAACAAUGGAACCCAACUGACGAUGAUCAACUUGAGUCAAAACCAAUUGCAAGGGUCAGUGCCGAGAUCAUUGGUCAAUUGCUCACUUCUAGAGAGUCUUGAUCUUGGGAACAAUCACAUCAAUGAUAUAUUUCCCUUUUGGCUUAAAACACUUCCUGAAUUGAAGGUUCUCAUUUUGCGAUUCAAUAGAUUCCAUGGUGCAAUAUUAAACCCCAACUCCAGUUUUGCCUUCCCCAAAUUGCAGAUUCUUGACCUCUCUCACAAUGGUUUCACCGGUAAGUUACCUUCCGGUUACUUCCAUACCUGGACAGCCAUGAAAACUAUUGAUGUAAAUCAAUUGACAUAUGUUGGGGGUGUAGUAUCUGUUGUCAACAAUGUUAACUUGACACUAACCAACAAAGGUGUGGAAAUAGUGUACCUGUAUAUCCUAAAUGUCUUCACUGCAAUUGAUCUCUCAAGUAACCGAUUUGAAGGAGAGAUUCCGGAAUCUAUUGGGAUUCUUAAGAGUCUUCACAUGCUCAAUCUUUCCAACAACAAUCUCAUUGGUCAGAUCCCAUCUUCGUUGGGGAAUCUAACAGAGCUUGAAUCGUUGGACCUUUCUCGAAACAAGCUGUCAGGAGAGAUACCUCAGCAACUAACCCAACUCACGUUCCUUGAAUUCUUCAAUGUUUCUCAUAAUCAACUCACGGGUCUUAUUCCACGAGGAAGACAAUUUAAUACAUUUGAAAACAAUUCAUAUGAGGUGAAUUCAGGAUUGUGUGGAGACCCAUUGUCAAAGAAAUGUGGCAAUUUCGAAGCAUCACCAAGUUCAAAAUUCGAGCAAGAUGAUGAUCAUUCAUGGUUUCCAAUUAGUAAAAGUGAUUGGAUUGUGAUAUGCAUGGGGUAUGGAGGUGGGUUGGUAGUUGGGUUGAUCGUUGGGAACGCUCUAACCACAAGGUAUCAUGAAUGGUUUAUCAGCACCUUUGGAAGGAAUCAAAAGAAGCAGGGAAGGAAGAAAAAGAGCGGGCGAAGAAACUAAAUUUGAUGACCUCAUCUUCGAUCAUUCAUGGUGGUGUAUAACAAGAAAAUAACUUCAGAUCUAGCAUGGAGUUUCCACCAGCUGCCAUCAUGUCUAGGUUUGUUUUCAAUAUAUCUUUUGUGUGUUGCGCUAUGUUUCUUCUUCACUUGGGCACAUUCAAAUAAAUAGCAUGUUAAUUUUGCCCUAAUGUUAUCGUGUGAUUUUGGACAUUUUUCUUGAGAAGAUAAUGUUGCAAAAGGUAGUGUUUUUUAAUAAUUGUUCACAAGUAUAAAAUUAAAACAUUUAAGAUAAUGCAUGCAUGAAUGAUAUUUUGGCAUAAAUUCUUAAGCAGUUGGCUUGUACUAGUAAUUGUUAUCGGAUUUUUUAUUUUAUUUUUGGUAAAGUGGGCAUGUAUUAAGAAGAAAAACCCACCCUAAGAGAAAAAUAUCAAUUGAAGUCAGACUAUUCAAAAGGCUGAGCAAAGACUAGAGAUAUUAUUUUGAUUAAAUUAGUUACUAAUUGGGACUUGUAAGACAAUUUUUUUUUGGAUAACUACAGUGUCAGGCCUCUCGUAGUUGAAGCAUCUCAUAGCGUACUAUUACCAUUCGACACAUGAAUUUUUUUGAGUCCAUAUAAUUUU